AUGGAGAGAAUUAUUCAACAAACUGAUUAUGAUGCACUGUCAAGUAAAAUAUGUGCACUUCAAUUCAGUUAUUUACCACCAAAUAAAGGUACACUUUCUGAACCAAUAGAUGAAACGUUACAAUCUUUGUAUCAAGAUAUUAAAUCAUUACAUUUUGAAUACUACAAGACAUUAAAAGAAGAAAGUAGAAAUGUUUAUGGGAAAAUAAAUAAAUUGAUGAGAAAUCCGUUCCCUGUAAUGAAUUAUGGAACGUAUUUAAGAACUUUAGCAAUUGAUGUCUCCCUGAUUAAAUUUAUUAAUAGUUUUCCAAUAGAUCAGCAUUUUCAAAUUGUUAAUUUAGGUAGUGGAUCGGAUUUAAGAUUUAUUCAAUAUUUAAAUAUGUUUGGUGAUAGAGUUGAACGUUUUAUUGACCUUGAUUUUAAGGAUGCAAUUAUUUUAAAACAAAAGAUUUUAAAGGAUUCAAUAACACUGGACCACAUCAUACAAUCAUAUCGAGAUAAGUUCGUUAUGUUGCCAGGAGAUCUAAAAAAUGUUGCAGGAACAUUAGAAAAAUUGACCCAAUUUUUAAACCCAAAAAUACCAACAAUAUUUAUCACUGAAUGUGUAUUAUGUUAUAUGACAGAAAAUGAUUCAAAACAAUUAGUAUCAACCAUUAUGAAUGAAUUUCCAACGGGGUGUUGGAUAUCGUAUGAUCCAAUUGGAGGAUCUGAUGUAAAUGAUAAGUUUGGUACAAUAAUGAAACGAAAUUUAAUGGAUUCAAGGAAUUUAGAAAUGCCAACUUUAUUAAUAUAUAAUUCGAAAUCAAAUUAUCCACAGAGAUGGGAUAAUGGAAAAUCAGAAAUUGUUAUUAAAGAUAUGUGGGAUUUCUUAUCAGAAUCGAUAUCUGAUAUUGAAAAGAAAAGAUUACGAUCUUUACAGUUUUUAGACGAAAUUGAAGAAUUAAAAAUUAUGCAAUCACAUUAUGUAAUAUUAAAUACAACUUGGACUUAA